AUGGGAUCAUGGUAUCUCGGACUGCUGCAGGUCGCGUUGCUUUGUUUGAUUACCAGCAUUAUCCAUCGUCCAUCAUUCAGCGAAACCUCCCCUCAUUCCCCAGUCCUCCCACUUGGCCAAUGUAUCCUUCGAGGAAUCACUUGCCAUCACCCCAUUCGACCUCCGACCCUUGUUUCGUUGCACAAGCCUGUCGGUUCCCACUCUCGCUCCCAAGCCCACUUCCAUUCACACUGCUGUGUUACUGUUUGCUCCUCCCCUGUCGUGAGCGAGAAGAAGCACUGGAACCCACUUUGA